CCUCUCGGGUUGCCGUAGUUUCCGCUGCAGCUGUGUGUCAGCGCUCAAUAAAGACAGGAAUUAGGAGGAGAAAUAAGAAAUAAUCUCAUUAAUAAACACCGCGUUAAUGUAUAAUGCGCGUGAGUAAAGAGGAUCAGCGCAGUGUCAGUGUGUAAAGAGUGUGUGUGUGUGUGUAGUGAGUGAGUGAGUGUGUGUGUGUGUGUGUGUGUGUAGAAGCUGACAGGCCGUUGAGGAGCAUUAACACUGACAACGGAAUCAUCACUGAACACCUCCAGGUUCCUCUGAGGAGAGGUCAGAGGUCAGAGCCUUUACCUGUGUGUGUGUGGACUUGCUACAUAUUGAAGACCGGAAAACGUUUUUAUUUAUUUUUUAACCAGCAGAGCGUGGUCAUGGCGGCGUGUGGCUCUGACUCGGUCCACUACAUCCGUCUGCAGAAUGCGAGCGAGUGUGUGUUAGAGUCUCUGCGAUCACAGCGGCGUGAUGGUGUUUUCUGUGAUGUGACGGUGCGGAUCCAGGACGCAUCCCUGCGCGCUCACGCCUGCGUGCUGGCGGCUGGAAGCCCGUUCUUCCAGGACAAGCUGCUGCUGGGCCACUCGGAGAUCAGUGUUCCACCCCUGGUGCCAGCCGAUGCCGUGCUGCAGCUGGUGGACUUUCUGUACAGCGGUUCCAUGGUGCUGCUGCGCUCGCAGGCCCUGCGCAUGCUCACCGCCGCCAGCAUCCUGCAGAUCAAGAGCGUCAUCGAUGAGUGCACACAGAUCAUCUCCGCCUCCGCCAACCACAAACGGGCUGCCGCCAAGGGCCGGGGUACCGAGGAGGGCGGGACCGUGGGAGGAGCCAUGCCUGGGUUCGGAUACACCAUGGAGGAGUGUGGUGAAGUCGCCUCAGAAAAUGCAGAACAGCCGAGCACUCACUUCAUCUCACAACAUCAAGCAGGACUGCAGACAGGGGCGGGGCAGGGGGAGGCAGCCUCUCUGGAAGCAGGUGGAGUCGGCAGAAUGAUGCCCCCCCUCAGUGACAUGAUGUGCAGAGGGGAGGGGCUUGGUGCAUCCGGAGGUGGGGCCUCUCUGAAGCCUGUGAGCUGUCCUCAGGAGAUGCAGAAUUACAUGAUGAACCAGAGUGCUGAGAGAACCACUGCACAGAACCAGAGUCAGAGCCAGAACCGGGCGGAGUCGGGCCACACCCCCAUCAACAACCCUGCCCCACUGGGCAGGGGUGGCAGUGGGACAGGGUUUGUGGGUGUGGCUGAGGAGCUUCCUGUGGGGAUGGAGCGAUUCAGUGAGGGGGAGGAACUGGAGGACAGAGGGAGGGAUGGAGAGAGAGACAGGGGGGCGGGGCAUAGCCGCAAACAGAGACAACCACUACGAUUACAGGUGAUGGGGCCAGAGCAGGUGGUGGUGAAGGAUGAGGAGAACCUGCAGGAAGGAGAAAACCUGUUCCAACUGGACGAGCGUCAGGACACAACACACACACAAUCACACACACAAUCAUACAGCCAGCCUGGGUUUUAUGAAGAUCAGAAUGUGUAUGCUGGUGGUUUUUGGCCACAGACUGAUGCGUCCCAGGCUCUGGUGUCAAAUCCCCGUUCCCGUGGCAACAAACCACUGUCCCCACCAACUACUUCUCACAUCAACAAUCAGAUGCUCUUUCAGUAUCCUGUCAGCGAAUCACAGCCCUCGUCCUUCUUUGUGGGAGGGGCUAUGACAAUGGACAGCAUGCCAGAGACGUGCCAACAGGCCCCGCCCCCACCCCCGCUGACCCCAGCCCCACCCCCUCCGGCCCCAGCAUGUGUAGCAGGCCCAAGUUUUACAGCUCAGGGAUCAGAAACGUCAUUCGACUGCAGCCACUGUGGCAAAUCGCUGCGAUCACGCAAGAACUACAGCAAGCACAUGUUUAUACACUCCGGUCAGAAGCCCCAUCAGUGCAGUAUCUGCUGGCGUUCCUUCUCUCUGCGUGAUUACCUGCUGAAGCACAUGGUGGUGCACACGGGUGUGCGUGCGUUCCAGUGUAGCGUGUGCAGUAAACGCUUCACACAGAAGAGUUCACUAAACGUGCACAUGCGCACUCAUCGCGUUGAGCGCAACUUCUCCUGCACCGUGUGUAACCGCGCCUUCACCCACCGCACCUUGCUUGAGCGCCACGCCCUCCAGCACCAACACCCAGCCCCGCCCAUCAAACCUCCGACCAACCAUGGAGCCAUGGGUGGAGCGGGUGGGACCGGGCCUGCUCCCUAGUGGCCAAAGGGAGACCUCGGGGUGGACACCGCGAAUAACGAUUACCAUCAUAAUAUCUGCUGAAUAAUAAUAAUAAUAAUGAUGAUGAUGAUGAUGAUGAUAAUCAGAAGAAGAAGACCAUUAUUAUUAGUAUUAUUAUUGAGACCUCUUUUAUUUAUUCUCUCAAUACUUCAUAGACCACAGGGGGCGUGUCUUUAAGUCCAUAUCAGGACACAGCUAGCUAACAUGAUAAUUUCUGAGAGGAAUUUAAAGUGAUACUCAGAUAUUAAAUUUCUUUACUGUUGAUGUGCGAUAAUUAGCGACCUUGAGCUAAAUGGAUAUAAUAAUUGAGAUAUUUUACAGACUUUUCAUUUUAAUUCUAGUUCUUUCACUAGUACAAGCUAACUGACAUAAUUUCUGACAAGACAUUUGUUUUAUUUAUAAAUGAUCAGGAAGGCGAUGAACAAAGUUCACUAAUAUUUACACAAACCUGACCGGAUUCAUGAGAAGAUAAUUAAUUCUUAUUCAUAAACAUUCAUCACUUUCAGAACUAAAGUUAGAUAAACUGUAGCUAUGCUAACCUGGUAGGUUUAAUAUUAAUCGCUAACUCAAAUUUACAAAUAUUCAUCAUCUUCACGUUUAGCGCUGUCUCACUGGUGUGAAAUAAACGUUCAGUGGAUUCGCAGGAGCUCGUCUCUCACUGGCUAACAGUGAAACCGACAGAAACCUUGCCUCUGUCUCCAGAAUCAUAAACGUUUAAAGUGUUUUCAAAUCAUGUGGUCUCAAAGACACGCCGUGUUUUACUAAUAUAAAGAGAUAAAAGAGGAGGAGUUUAUACAAAAAUCAGAUUCUGCAGCCUGAGCACUUGAAAACUGAGUGUGUGUGUCGCGUCCACCCCGAGUGUGAGAGAGAAACACCACCGUGAACACAAAUUACAACCAGAUUUUCAUUCAGGACUCUCACACACACACACACACUCCGUCUGUCUCUCACUCACUCACACACACACACACUCUCCGUCUCUCACACACACACACACACUCUCUCUGUCUCUCUCACUCUCUCUCACACACACACAAUCUGUCUCACUCUCAUACACACACACUUUCUGUCUCUUUCUCUCUCACACACACUUUGUCUCUCUCACUUACACACACACACUCUCCGUCUCUCUCACUCACACACCACACACACUCUCUCCAUCUCUCUCACUCACACACACACACACACACACACACACACACUCUCCGUCUCUCUCACUCUCUCUCACACACACACACAAUCUGUCUCACACACACACUUUCUGUCUCUCUCACACACACUUUGUCUCUCUCUCUCACUCACACACACUUUCUCUGUCUCUCUCUCGCACACACACACACACACACACACACACACUCGCUCAAACACACUCUCUCUCACUCAAACACACACACACACACACACAUUCUCUCCCCCCAUAUUCUCACACACACACACACACACACACACACACAUUCUCUCCCCC